AUGGAAGAUUUUGCAACAAAUCUCUCCAUCAAAGCCAAUGAGAUUCUCACGACUUCAAGCCACGAAGGUUUAGUGACGCUCGUCAAUAACCUCUAUACACGUCGAGACACCGAAGAGUACAUAAAAGCUCGUACCCUCUACGACUUCUGCAUCUCUAAUUUCCCAAACUGCUUAAUCAUAAAGCUUCUCAAGAUCUAUAGAUUCUCUUCAGACGAACUCGUGAGACUCCGAACGAUCUCUUACCUCUCUGAAACCCUCACUGAGUUAAGAGACCGUAGCUUCAAGAUCUCUGGCCUCGUUCUUGACGAGAUCAAACCACUUCUGAUUUCUUGCUUGACAGUUCAAAACCCUAGAAGGUUUGAUACUGACUUCUUGAGAAUCAUUGUCUUCGUUGCUUAUAACGUUAUGAUCUCUGGUAAUGAUGGAUGGGAAGAGUUAAGUGAUUAUAUACUCUUACUUGUGGAACAAGAUAAGAUUAGGGCUUUUAGUUACUUUGUCGAGUUGCCUUACAGGGAAUUCAUUAACCCUUUCUUGCAUAAGUUCCGUGAGGAAGUGUACAAGGUUUUGCUUCAUCCUGAGAAAGAUAGAGAAGGAGAUUGGAUUUUGGCUUUGACAGCUGCUGUUAAAAUAGGGAUCUAUGGUAUGGAUACCGAGAUGAGAGUCGAUCUGACAAGAGAGAUACUUCAAAAUGUUCUGAAAUCUGCUACUGACGUUGUGUGGAUGGGGAUGGAAAGAGAGUUUCUUAUAGGAGGGAUUCAGUAUCUCGAGAGCUUCCUUGCGAAAGACGCUAAAUGGUACAAAUGGAGUACUAAACAAUGCGGCUUCGUGGCAGCGUUUGCUUACGCGAUCUCUGGAGUUGGGAAGAAUACCAAGGAAGCUGCCAAGGAACUCUUUGUAAUGGUUACGAAAUUGGACAAGUAUGUUCCCAAUUCUUCCUUGAAACUCGACCUUUUUCACGAUAGCGGAGUAGAAUAUGACCGUGAAUUGUACUACCAGUUUUGGAGAUGUACUCCGAUGGAAGUCUUGAGUUCCUUUGCAACAUCUGGUUCUGAUUACAAGUCCAAAGAGAUAGCUAUCAGACGACUCUUCCAUGCACUUUGUGAUCACAAGUCAAACCAAUGGGAAAUAAACGUUUCAGAGAUCAGAGAUCUUCAGCCAUUGCUUAUCAAAUGCCUAAAGGAAGAAGGGAUGCCAGAGAACAUAUAUAGGGUUCUUGGUCAGGUAGUGUUCCUUGUUGCACAAGAAAUGUUCAACUACGAAAAGGAUCCAUGGUUUGAUCUAUGGGACUACAUUGCAUCAGAAAGCAAAGAAGAGUUCAAGAAAGCUGUUUAUAUCUUCCAAUGUUUAACAAUGCAGCUUGAGUUUAAAGACUUAGUGGUUCCUGCAAUAGCUAAUCUUCUUCCAGAGAUUCACAGAUGGCUAGAUCCACCAAAAGAGUUGUUAUUUGAUAACAGUAGCUGGGUCUUGACGUUUACAGGUGCCUACUGUUCAGCUAUUCACUUGCUAGAGAUCAAAAGUCACGCUGGAUACGUUAAGGAGAUUGCUCAUAAGAUGAUAGAUUCUGUGAAAGAGCUUGUGGAUAGAGGUAUGGAAGUUGGGCUUGUGAGGAGAGCUUUCAGAGAUCUUGAAACCAUUGUGAAGAAACAAUGGGAUUGGUACAUGACUUGUGAGUACAGAUUCCUUAAGGGUUUGCUUCGGAGGCUAUACAUAAUCAAUGGCAUGGAAAUGGAAAGUAAAGUUGUGUUGUGGAGAAUUAAUGUUAAGAUCGAUAGGUCAGUGGAUAACAAUUUUAAAGUGUUUCCAAAGAGUGAGUUUGAUUGGUUGAACCAACCUGAGCCUUUGGCAAAUUGA